AUGUCAGAGGAUACUAAGGAUACUAGGGUCCGUCCGCAACAGCCUUCGCGAGACCCUUUGCCCACAAACCCGCCCGCAAACAUUCGGGAGCAAGGAACGGUAGAAACCGAACGGUCUCUUCAAGGACAGUCAGAGCUAAAGAGCUGCAAAGACCCUGCCACGCCCGCCCCAGGUGGAAGUGCCCAAACCGAGCAACAUUGUCUGCGAGAACACAACCCUGGGGGAGUUGAAGAGGUACCCGCACUCGACGCGCUAGAUGAUCAGGAUAGAGAGUCAUAUUGGAAACAGCAAGACGAGGAAUAUUUCCUCUUGGACAUCCUGGAAGCGCGCGGGAUGCAGGGUGGAGGGGACGAUGUGAAUGAUGUGGACUCGGGUAUCGAGUAUCUGCUGAGCAGCUAA